AUGUCGCCUCCUACUGAGCUCGACUGCCUCAUCAUCGGGGCCGGAUUCGGAGGAUGUUACCAACUCAAGCUUCUGCGUGAUGCAGGUUUCUCGACCAAAAUUGUCGAUGCUGCGUCUAGCAUCGGAGGCGUGUGGGCAUGGAACAAGUACCCCGGAGCACGCGUCGAUGUGGAAAUGCCAUAUUAUGGUUACUCCGACCCGGCUGUCUGGUCGACAUGGAACUGGACAGAGCGUUACCCUGGCCAAGUCGAGAUCUCGGCAUAUUUUGAACAUGUUGCCAAAGUCUGGGAUCUUCAUAAGGAUGUCCAGCUCGGCGUGAGAAUCGUCAGCGCAACGUAUGUUCAAAAUGAGAACGGGCCUCGAUGGGAAGUGGUUGCACAGAAUGGAGACAGCUAUGUGGCAAAAUAUCUCAUUUGCGGAACUGGCACUUCGUUCAAGCGACACAUCCCACCUUGGGAAGGCUUCGACAGCUAUCAAGGAACAAUCCACCACUCUUCCCUCUGGCCAGACGGCGUUGAUCUGCGCAACAAACGCAUCGCUAUCAUCGGAGCCGGCUCAACUGGCGUCCAAAUAGUCCAAGAAUCAGCCAAAGUAUCAUCCAAGGUUACGCAUUUCAUCCGCACACCCAACAUAGCACUACCCAUGCGUCAACGCCAAAUCUCGCGGGAAGAACUCUACGCCUACAAACCCAUUUUCCAGCACGUCCUCUCAGCUUGCCGCACAACCCCCGCUGGUCUUCCCACGACAAACACCGGAAUCAAAACAUUCGACAUCAGCGAAUCCGAGCGCCGCGAAUUAUUCGAGGAAAUGUGGGAGCGAGGAGGCUUUAACUGGUCCAUCGGCGGACUUGCCGACACAUUGACAGAUGAAGCAGCGAACCGAGCAGCAUACGAUUUCUGGGCAGAGAAGACACGACCUCGAAUCAAGAAUCCUCAAAAGCGUGAUCUCUUGGCUCCACUGGAACCCCCGUAUUAUAUUCUGACGAAACGCCCGAGUCUGGAGCAGGACUAUUACGAGAUGAGUGAUCGGGAUAAUGUUGAUAUUACGAAUUCGCCUAUUCAACGAUUUACCAAGACUGGAAUCGAGACUGCGGAUGGGAAGUCUGAAGAUUUCGAUAUUGUGGCGAUAUGCACAGGCUACGAUGCUGUAACGGGUGGACUUAUGACUAUGAAUAUCAAAGGUGCGAAUGGAGAGUACCUGCACGAGAAAUGGCGCGACGGUGUCACAACUUUCCUCGGUCUCACAGUCGAAGGCUUCCCCAAUAUGUUUAUGCUUUAUGGACCACAAGCCCCAACAUCUCUAACUAACGGCCCACCUUUCCUCGAGCUCGAAUGCGAAUGGGUACGAGACGUUCUCGAGCGAAUGCGAACAGAAAAUCUCUCGACGAUCGAUGCGAAGCGCGAGAAAGCCGAAGCAUGGCGAGACCAAGUGCUACAGCUUGCUGAAGGGACACUUGCUAUUCAUACGAAUUCUUGGUACAUGGGCGCCAACGUACCAGGCAAAAAGCGAGAGUAUCUGCUUUAUCUUGGAGGUGUUCCAAUGUGGCAUGAUGCAUGCCGUGAAGCGAUUAAAGAUUGGGAAGGGUUUCGUGUUGAGCAGGCAAAACUGUGA